AUGCAAACUGCUUUUGAAAAGCUGAAAAACACGCUUGCAAUUGCUCCAUGUAUGUCAUAUUUCGACAAAAACAAACAAACUUUUGUGACAGUUGAUGCUAGUCCUGUAGGAAUUUCUGGAAUUCUUUCUCAGAAACCAAGAAACGGUGACGUAGACAGUCAACAGAUAAUUGCAUAUGCCAGCCGAGCGCUGACUGAUACAGAAAAGAGAUACUCCAAGACGGAAAAAGAAGCGUUAGCGAUAGUAUGGGCAGUUGAACAUUUCCAUUUAUUUCUAUAUGGAAGUGAAUUUACAGUAAUAACUGACCAUAAACCUUUAGAAAUUAUUUAUGGUCAACGUACAGCCAAAACAUCAGCGCGAAUUGAAAGAUUGGUGCUUCGCCUCCAACCAUAUACAUUUAAGAUAAUUUAUAAAUCAGGUGCCAGCAACCCUGCGGACUAUCUUUCUCGUCAUCCAACAAACGAAAGCAAACGAAAACAGGAGAAGAUCACGGAACAAUAUAUUAAUUUUAUAACUGAGAACAGUGUCCCUAAGGCGAUGACAUUACAAGAAAUAAUCAAUGCAACUAACGCAGACGCGGCACUAACGGCACUCCAUGAUGCAUUUAAAACAAACAAAUGGGAUUCCCCAAUUGUAAAACCGUUCAAAUCCGUAAAAAACGAACUUACGUCUACCACACACGGUGUUAUACUUCGAGGAACACGGAUUGUCAUUCCUGCGGCUCUACAACAACGUGCAAUAGAUAUAGCACAUGAGACACACUUAGGAAUAGAGAAAACGAAGUCUCUAAUUCGUGAAAAAAUCUGGUUUCCGCAAAUUGACAACCAAGUCAAAAACACAAUUGCUAAGUGCACCACUUGUCAAGCUGUCGGACAGGCGAAUCCUCCAGAACCAUUACGUAUGACCGAAAUGCCAGAGUUACCAUGGAGAACUGUACACAUAGAUUUUUAUGGUCCACUACCAUCGUCUGAAUAUCUGUUAGUGGCGGUAGAUAGAUACUCCAGAUUCCCAGAGGUUGAGAUAGUUCAUUCAACACGAGCCUCAACAGUCAUUCCAAAACUUGACAAAAUGUUCUCAGUCCAUGGCAUUCCUGACACCCUUAUAUCUGACAAUGGUCCCCCUUUUAAUGGAGACGACUAUGCACGAUAUCUUAAAGCCCUUGGUAUUCAAGCUAAGUUUUCAACACCCUAUUGGCCCCAAGGUAAUGCUACAGUUGAACGAUUUAUGCGACCGUUAGGAAAAGCGCUUAAGAUAGCGACACUCGAAGGACGACCAUGGAAACAAGAAUUGAACCGUUUUCUUUUACAAUAUCGUACCACUCCACAUUGCACUACAGGAGUACCUCCAUCAGAACUGUUGUUUAACCGAGUGAUAAAAGGAAAAUUACCAGUAUUAAACAGCAAGAAGAUCGUCAAUCGACAUAAAGAAGCUCGAGACAAUGAGAAAACACGACAAGAACUCAACCGAGAAUAUGCAAAUCAAAGGAGAAACACAAGAAAAAGUGAUCUACAAGUUGGAGAUUAUGUACUGGUUAGACAAGAAAAGAAAAACAAGCUAACUGCGAAUUUUAAUCACGAACCGUUUAAGGUGAUAAAGAAAACUGGUUCAGAAAUACUUGCCCAAAGUAAAGAUGGUCAUAUUGUGAAACGGAACGUGUCACAUUUCAAGCGAAUAAAUAAACCACGAGAAGAAGACACUGAUGAUGAAGGUUUCGAUUAUGAAGAAAACUCGCAGAACAAUCAGCCAUCCAUCAGUAAUGAGAACAAUGCACCAAGAAGAUCAAGCCGAAUUCGAAGACCACCGAAUCGAUACGGACAUGAAUAUCCAUCAAAUCUAAUAAACUAA